GCCGUUUGCAGACGCCGAAGCCUAAUAGUUGUCAGGAGGCUUUCAAUGCUUUGUGGAGGUGAUGGGGGCCGGGGUUGGGUUUCUUGGCAUUUCUGUGGGGUUCCUGGGCCAGACCCUGUAGGAAGGAUACAGGAUCUUCCUUCUGGCUUCAGCAGCUCUGGUUGAGCCUUGGGCUCCUGGGAAGAGUGAAGUUGUCAGCAAGAGAACCUGAGGGCCAUCAGGAACAUGCAAGCUAACCAGAGGGAUUUGGGGGGUCGAGACAAUUACUGUGAGAUGACUGAGCAGAUGUUAUACACAAUGAAUAGCAGAAACUUACAAGUGUCAGUGUCAUUCGAGGAUGUGGCCGUGCAUUUCAGCAGGGAUGAGUGGCAGCAACUGGACUCUACUCAGAGGUGCCUGUACCGGGACGUGAUGCUGGAGAACUACAGCCAUCUGUUCUCCAUUGGUUAUAAAAUUCCCAAACCAGAGAUCAUCUGCAUAUUGGAGCAAGAAGAGGAAUCAUGGAUGCUGGAGGGCGACAUUCCUCAUCAGAACUAUCCAAAUGAAAAGUUUGGAGUUAAGACCUCACAAAAAAGAAUUACUGGGAAAACUGCAUUUCAUAGUGAAAUAGAGGGUAAAGAUACAAGAGAUGAUUCACUGUAUUCCAUUUUAGAAGAACUGUGGCAAGAUGCUGAGGAGAUUAAUAGAUAUCAAGAAAAGCACCACAGACCUCUGGGUCAUACUGCUUUCAUCAAUAAGAAAGCAUUGAACACUGAGUGGAAUUAUGAGUAUAAAGACAGAGAAAAAUUUAUUUACCCAAACCCAAAUCUUAUUCUUUCACAGAGAAGAUCUCAUAUGCAUGACUCAUUUGCAAAGAGUUUUAAUUUCAACUUGCAUAUUCAUAGUGAAAGCAAUGCAACAGAGAACUUUGAUAAAAUUCUUGUACAGGAUCAAGUUAACAACAAUAGCUCUUCUUAUACUACCCAUGAAAAUGUACAUACGGGAAUGAAAUUUUGUGAAAAUAAUCAGUGUGGAAAAGUCCUUAGCCUCAAACAAACACAUCCUUACAAUCUGAAAUUCCCCACUGGAGAGAAAGCAAACACAUGUACUGAAUUUGGGAAGAUUUUCGCCCAGAAAUCACACCACUUUGCACCUCAGAAUAUUCAUACUAUGGAAAAGCCUUAUCAAUCUAGUAAAUGUGUAAAUGUUUUUACACAGAAGCCACUACUUAGUAUUUAUCUGAGGGUUUGUAGAGAUGAAAAACUAUAUAUAUGUACUCAAUGUGGGAAGGCAUUCCUCGAGAAUUCAGAAUUAAUUAUGCAUGAGAAAACUCAUACUAGAGAAAAGCCCUUUAAAUGCAGUGAAUGUGGAAAAUCAUUUUUCCAGGUAUCAUCUCUGUUUAGGCAUCAGGCAUCUCACACUGGAGAAAAACUCUAUGAAUGCAGUGAAUGUGGGAAAGGCUUCUCUCUGCACUCAGCUCUCAAUAUACAUCAGAAAAUUCAUACUGGAGAGAGACACCAUAAAUGCAGUGAAUGUGGGAAAGCCUUUACCCAAAAAUCAACACUCAGGAUGCAUCAGAAAAUCCAUACAGGAGAGAGAUCCUACAUAUGUACUGAAUGUGGGCAGGCCUUUAUCCAGAAGGCACACUUAAUUGCACAUCAACGAAUUCACACUGGAGAGAAACCUUAUGCAUGCAGUGACUGUGGGAAGUCUUUCCCGUCUAAGUCACAACUCCAGAUGCAUAAGCGAAUUCACACAGGAGAGAAACCCUAUAUGUGCACUGAAUGUGGGAAGGCCUUCACCAACAGAUCAAAUCUCAAUACUCACCAGAAAUCUCAUACUGGCGAGAAGUCUUAUAUAUGUGCUGAAUGUGGAAAGGCUUUCACCGACAGGUCAAAUUUCAAUAAACAUCAGACAAUUCAUACUGGAGAGAAACCCUAUGUUUGUAAGGAUUGUGGGAGGGCUUUCAUUCAGAAGUCAGAGUUAAUUACACAUCAGAAAAUUCAUACUACAGAAAAGCCUUAUAAAUGUCCUGACUGUGAGAAAUCCUUCUCCAAGAAGCCACAUCUCAAAGUACAUCAGCGAAUCCACACUGGAGAGAAACCUUAUACAUGUUCAGAAUGUGGAAAAGCCUUCACUGACAGGUCAAAUUUCAAUAAACACCAGACAGUUCAUACUGGAGAUAAACCCUAUAAAUGCAGUGAUUGUGGAAAGGGCUUCACUCAGAAAUCAGUUCUAAGUAUGCAUCGCCAUAUUCAUACUUGAAAGGAAACCCAUUUCUUGAAAGACAAACCUCACAAAGAAGUCAGGUAUAAGUAUGUUGUAGAAUUCAUACAAUAUAUAUUCUACAUAAAUGCACUGUAUGUGAAAAAGUGUUUGCCAUGUUCUAUCAGUUGACGUGAGAAAAAUUAUUCAGAAGAAACUCUUUAAAGAUUGUGCUGCAUUAAAGGAAAUUUCCAUACUUGCUCAGCCUCAUGAAGAUGUAACAGAAUCCAUACUGGGAAAGAAGUUGUAAAGAAGUUGUCAGGUUGAUGUAUUGGGAAAAGCCUGCUUUUGAAAGUUUUAUUAAGGCAAAUUCUUACCCUAUUCUUUUUAGAAUGGGGCUACACAUAAUAAACCAACGAACCAAAUUUGCUAUGCUAUAUUAAGCAAUUUAAAGUGAUAAUGAAAAAAGUUGAGCAACAAAGUAACAUAUUUACUUGUGUGGAUCUUUUCUCAGUUGUGUAGUGUUUAUGGCAGAACACAUUGCACAGUAGUGAGAAUAAUUUAUUUUUAAUAUAAUUGUGUCUAUCAAAUUUUACCAUUGAAUAGUUUUUUUACAUGGAUCUGUGAUUUUAAAGUCAUUGCGUUUUUAUGUAUACAAACAUCUGCAGAUAUAAUUUUAUAUGAACUCAUAAAUAUAAUCCUCUCAUCUUUUUGAUUUCCAUGGCAUCAUAUUUUUAUCUUUCAUUGAGAUAAAAUGCAAAAAUAGUCACAUUUACCCCCUUAUUUUAUGAACAUCCCUUUUGUAAUGUUGCUGUAUUGCUGCUUUUAUUAAGAGGUAGAGUUAAAGAGAUUACAGAAGAGAUUCAAGGAAGCUGAAGAGUCCUCCUACAAGCAUACCUUCUCUAGUUGCUAUUUGAAAUUCUGGAAUUUCAUUCUUCAAAUGGAAAAGCUCAGAUUACCCAACCAGGAAUAGGAAACCGAAUGAAGCAGAGAUCAAUCAGCUCAACUGAAUGAGUCCCAUUAGGCCAACCGCCAGAAUGACAAUUUCCUUGACAUCUAGCACUAGCCAAAUGGGCCAGACCAGAAGAGUUACAUUUGUUAUCAUGCAGGAUCAUGAAAUAAAGAAAAUGAUUAUUAUUUUGUGCUACUACACUUUGGGGAAGAGUUUUUUGCACAGCAAAUACUGAUACCUAAAAAGUGUAAGCCUGUGUGUGGGAGUGGUUCAUGGGGCCUGAACAGAAUGUGGAGACUGGAAAAACAAGGGAAACUCUAACCAAAAAACUGAAAAAGAUUACAACCUAUGUUAUUGAAAAAAAAAAGGCAAUAGCAAAAGAUUCACCGUGCUCUUUGGAAAGGCAGAGAAUUUAUCAAAUGAAUGUGUGCAUCUUGCUGAGGGAAAUUCUAGAAGUGUCAUUUUUGCUGCUUUUAGCUUCAAAUGAUAAGAUAUAUAGGAAUAGAAACCGAAGUAAUUGCUCCUCCACCUGAAAGCAGAAUUCAGAAGAAAAAGCAAAAAAAAAGAAAGAAACAGGAUUUUGAGGGCUGGAAUAUAAAUUUCAGAUAUUUUCUGGGUGAAAAGUGGAUCCAGGGUAAAGAUGAAAUCACAAGCUUGCUCUGUUAAGAUGAAUUAAUUUCUUAAAUUUAUGCUUGGGAGAUCCUCUAAGCUAAACUAAAUGGCUUUUAAGAACUUUAUGACAUUGUUCCAGUAGCCUGACACAGCUCAAAGCAGACAGGGACCCAUCUUAAAAGAUUGUCAAUGUGGCAUUUGGGGAUAUAAAACGUAGACACAACCAAAAUUCAUUUUACAAAACUCUUAUGCCACUUGAAAUCAUUUUACCAGAGCAAAUAUAUGCACAGUGGACUGAAAUUGUUAAAAAUGAAAAUGGCCUCUGGGCUCUCCUAAUAUCUAUAAACAGGAAGCAAGCUGAGAAACUUACUGAACUGCAAAGAAAUUCCAUUUUUAAGGGAAAAGAGGGUACUUCAGAGAGAAGACUGAAGAACAAGAAUAUUAUAGUGGACUCGGGAACUGUUCUAGGUAAAACUAUGACCUAAUCAAGAAAUAGUUUUUAUACCUGGCAGCAGGGUAGAAUUUCAGAAUUAUGCAACAAUGACUGGUAUAUCUCUCUUGUUUCUCCCUCUCUUGAACCAGUUCAUUAUGAAUACCCAAUUCCUAACUCGCCUCUGUAUGUGUCUGAAAGGAUUAGAGGGAAGCCCUGUAACUUGUAAUUUAGCUCAUAGGUAUCUGAACUGAGAAGUUUCCCAAGAAGCCUCAGACACAUCUGAACUUGAUCCAUGUCUCUGGUUUGAACUUGAGGCCAUAAUCUGGGGUGAGACAUUUGGAGGUCAUGGAAUGGGGGAGAUAUGGUUUGCAUGUAUGGUAAUGUAAAUAAUUUUAAGCAGAAGACAGAUUGUGUGUUAUAUGGAGAAUACUACAAAUACAUCUAUCCCUAUAUAUAUUUUCCCUUUCAAUAAUUUUAAUAACCCAAUUUCAGUUUCAGAGAUUUUUAUCCCCACCCUGACUACCAAUGAACCCACCAAAGACAUUCUUUUCAGUUACUUUUUCUAGCAUUUCUGCUUGACUCUUACCAGUUUCGUCUUUCUGCUAAAAGUCCCCAUAUGUUCAUGCCUGUUGUUUCCAUUUACCACUAAACCCUUUAACAUAUGAGCUGUUACUUCAAAUUCCCUGUUUGAAAGGUCAUCAAUUUGGUCAGCUAAGUGUCUGUUGAGUGCUCUGUCCCUUGACAGUACUUUGUUUUCUCUUGCUGUUUGCACCAAAUGGAUUUUAGAUAAGUGUAGAAUGUCAUAAGUGGGCCAGUAGAAACUGAGUUCAAUAAUAUUUGUUCCUGAAAAAAAGAUUUGAAUGCAUUUCUGAUAGUUGGGGAAAUAUUGAGGGGAUAUCUCAUCAGGUUUUAGCUGGGUUUGGGGUGUUUUGUUGCUCUGGUUACUUACAUUCAGUGUACCCUAGAAUUUCCCAGAGAAUGUGUUUCUAAGUCCCUUUCCCCUUGUCUGUACCAUGCCUGUGUGCCUGCCUCUUAUGGAAUGUCUCUGCCCUUGCCUUUCACCGCUCUUUCUACUAGUGUUGUGGUGAUCUGAUGAGGGUACCAGUUUUAUUUGUGUUUGCCUUGGUUGUAAGUGGGCCCUUUACCCCUAGGUCUUGAGGUGGGAUUAAAUCUGCCACCCCAACCAGGCAGAAAAGCCUUGAUAGUCUGGAUCCAAGAUAUUUCCUGCAUAAGCAGAAUAAUUUUUGCCUGUACUCUACAUAUAGCCUCUAACCUGGGAGCAACAGGGUUUGCUGCACUUUCUUCAGUGGCUCUACCUUCGUUCUGCCAGUGUGUAAGGUACUACUGGAGCUGUGUGCCAUUUCUAUGUUAUCAGCUGUCUUUUGAAGGCUUCUACCAUGGAGAGUGGCUUUCUCCUGUCUUCUGCGAGGACCCAGUGGUGGUGUGUGGAGAAGGGCCUAUAAGUGGGAGUCAACUACUCUGAGAUCUCCAGCUCUCAGGGGCUUCAGUAUUCUCAUAUCCCACCUUGAGUAAUUCAUUAAUUUUUCUCUUUUGGUUUCAGGGCCAAACCUGGUGGUGUCCAGGACUUACUCUUGACUCUUUUGCUCCAGGGUUCCUUCUGGUGGGACCCAGGAAACACUAUGAGGUGCUGGGAAUCAGCCCUUGCCACAUGCAAAACCAGAAACUUACCUGUUCUACUAUCUCUGCGGCCCAGAUAUUCAUUAUUUUUUGGGUGGAAUUCUUAGUGCUUGCCCCUCUUCUUUCUUGAUCUGCUUCAGAUGGCCUAGUGCUAAGGUGCUAUCUCCUGGGGUCAUUGUUUGUCAUAUGUCAAGCUAGGUGGUUGCUUUAUAAAUAGCGUUUUGUUCCCCCAAAGUUACAAUUUUGUAAAUUACCCACUUUUUUCUUUUUGGUUUUUGGGCCACACCUGGUGUUUUUCAGGGGUAACUCUUGGCUCUGCACUCAGAAAUUACUCUUAGUGGUCUCAGGGACCAUAUGGGAUGUUGGAGAUUGAACCCGAGUCAGCUUCAUGCAACACCUUACCCACUGUACUGUCUCUCCAGCUCCAUGUCAGAUUUUUUCUUGUAAAAAUCUGAGUUAUUGGAGUGGGAGAGAUUUUUUCAAUGGUCAGAGGUACUUGCUUUACUUGCAUAGAAACCCAGUUUCAACCCCUUGCAUUGCAAGCACCUACUUCACCCAAAACUGCUUGGAAUAGCCCUGGAAACUCCUGCACAUUGCUGGGUUUGUCCCUGGUGGCCCUUUGUCUAAAGGCACUUCAGUUGCCAACAUCAACCACUAUCCAGUGGGGUAAGUCACAGAGAAUGAGACAAACAAAUACACAAGGACUGUUCAAGAUUAGAUUUGCCUGGGCACCCAUAAGUGAGCACCCAGGCUGACCAUUUUAUUCUAUACAGCAUUGGUAUCCCACUCUGGUUCGCAAGUUGUGGGUUAUAGUUUAAUUUGACCGAGACAUUAAGAAUAGUUAGUAAGCACAUCAAAAUUCAUUGGGUACAUGAGGAACAGAGGCUGGCAUAUUUCACAUAGCCAAUUAGCAGGCUUCCCUUAGUGAUGACAAUUUACUAUUCUUUUCUUACCUAUGUUGCCUUCCACAUAUAGAGACACUAAAAUUUUUAUUCUGGUACAUUUUGCUUGCCCUGUCACCUAUUCUUUUCUUUCCUGAGUGCAUUUGUACUGACCAUUUAUAUUCUAAGAACUAUGAUGUUUUGCCCAGGGGACUAUUCUGACCUUAGGGUUGGGAGUUGGGUUUUGUUUAGGAGGGCAAUCUUCUGCAGACCUCGUUGAACUUGAGUACUUCUGAGAAUGAGGAGCCCUGAAUUGCCAGAUCCAAGAAUAGAACUGUUCAGCUUAUUAAUUUAUUUUCUUUCCUUCUUUUUUUCCUUUUGUUUGUUUUUGAGCCAAACCCGGCAGUACUCAAGGCUUUUUGUCCCAUACAGUCUAAUUAGCAGAGCAUCACCCCUGAAUGCUUCUUGGAACUCUUCCAGAAAAGAAUAUGAGAUAUUAUCUUUUUAAAUAUCUUCAUACAAGAGGCAGAAGUUUGGAUGGUCUCCUUUGGCUGCAACCUUAUAUAUAAAAUAUAUAUAUUACACUUCAUACACACACAUACACACACCCCCUUAUUUCAGUGUAACUUUGCUGUUUCACCAAUCAAGAGGUAAAAUUUCUCUAAACCUAAAACAUGGGCUUGGUUAUUUUUUUGACCAAUGGAACAUUUUUACAUGACACAAGCAGAGGCUUGAGAAGUACUUGCACAAGAGUCUGUCAUUCUUGGUACUCUUUGUAGUUUUCAGUUUCUGUAUAACAAAAUCUAGAUUGUUCUGGUAGAUGAAAGAUCACAUAAGCAGUUAUGAAGCACUUGAGCCACUUGACUGAGGAGCCCCAGAACAGUUGCUAUGGUUUUGAAUAAAGGCAUUGUAGCCAUCUGACUGUGGUCAAGCCAAUUGUGACCAGCAGUAUUAAUAAUGCACUGCCUAAAUUAGAAAAGCUUUGCCACUCAGCCCUUACCACUCGCAGAAUCACAGAUUCAAGUGGUUUUUGCUUUUUAGCUGCUCCAUUUGAGGGACUAUGUUCCCCAGACAAAAAAAAUAAAUGGUACAUUUACUAAUUACUGAAUUCUCCCCCUCCAGUUGUCAUCCUUAACAAAUACAUUUAUCCCUUGGUUUCCCCAGGCUUUGGGUUCAGGACUUCCUCAGAUAACAUAUAGAUUUCUUAUGUAAAAUGGUUUCUUUUCCACAUAUAACCUAUACACAUCCUCCUGUAUACUUCAUAUUAUCUCUAAUUACUUAUGAUACCUAGUAGAAUGUACAUACUGAGUAGAGUUGUUAUGCUAUGUUAUUUAGGGAAUAAUGACAAGGAAAAAUUCUGUAUAUGUUCAAUAGAGGUGUUAUCACUAUGGACCUAACUAUUUUUCAUCUGUACUUGUUUAAGUCUGUGGUUGUGGAACGCACAGAUACACAAGGGCAGAUGUAUUAUUAUUCUGAGCACUUUUCCUCUUUAAUAUGUCCCCAGCCCUUUUUUAUUGAGUCACCAUGAGAUAGACCAUUAAGCUGUUCAUGAUUAGAUUUUAGUCAUACAAUGUUCCAGCAAUCAUCCCUCCACCAGUGUAUACUCCCAACCCCCAGUGUCCCCAGUUUCCUUCCCACCACCACCACCACAAACCCACUCCCCCUGCCUACCUGCAUGGCAGAAACCUUCUUUCUUUCUCUCUCUCCUUCUGUGCAUUAUGGUUUGCAAUACAGGUGCUAAGAGGCCAUUGUGUUUUUUCAGGGCAUUCAGUAUUUUUAUCAAGCAUCUGGAGUUGCUUUUUAAAAAUGGGUGGCAGCUUUGGGGUGUGGACAUGACUCUCAGGGCUUCCAGAGAUACAGGGGGGUGGAGGAAGGUAGCCCAUCUCAACCCUGAGGAAGCCUGAAGAUUUUAGUCACAAACACACAUACCUGAAUUUUCAGCAGAUUAUAUCUUGGUGAGGUCUGUCCCAAGAUGGUGGAGUGUGGCUAGGAGGACGGCAGUGAUUUGGAUUGUGGGAGCAAGGGGCUGCCAGGGUAUGGGCAGGCACCGUAAACCCACCCCCCUCCACUCUACCCCAGUCUGUUCAGCCUUCCACGGGUACAAGAUUUAUUGCAGCUGUUGAUCUAUUUUGGGAUUUACUUAUGGGUCCAUGAAGCUAAGCUAGUGGAAGAGCUUAUGUAGUGGCACCAGAGUUGGGGUAUGGGGGUGACUGCUGGUGCUUUCAGGAGUAUAGGGAAGUCGGGUGCGAGGAGGUAGCCCAUCCUGACUCUGAGAAAGCCUGGAGAUUUCCGUCACAAACCCCCAUAAUCAAAUUUUCAACAUAUUAAUAUCUUGGUGAGGUCUGUCCUAAGACUUUGAUCUGGCCAGGGGCAUGGCGGUGAUUUGGGUUGUGGGAGUAAGCAGAUGCUGGGGGCUCUGCUUGGGUGGUCACCAGGCAAACCUGCCCCCCUCUGAUUUACCCUGGUCUGUUCAGGCUUUCGUGGGUCCGAGCUGCGGUUUUUGUUCUCUUUCAGAGAUGUAUUUAUGAAUCUCUGGAGUAAGGCCAAUGAAUGACAUUGUAUGACUGAGCCAGAGAUAGUUUGUGGGCGUGGCUCCCACAUACCUAAACUUUUGGCAGUUUAAUUGCUCAGAAAACUGGGUCCUGAGUUGUUGGAGUCUGGCCAGAAGCAAAGUGGCAAUUUGGUGUUGUCAGGAAGGCCAGGGGCACCAUCAGAUUGCUGAUGCCCUCGGUCCCUGCCCCCAUGGUGCUGGGCCUCAGUGGCAGUGGCAGCUGUGGGGCAGUGGCAGUGGCAGGACGGCAGUGAUUUGGAUUGUAGCUGCUACCAUUUGCAUCUCAGGCGCUCUGGGUGGGUCGUAGCCACUAGUUCGGCCGAACCUGCCCAGGGGGCACAUGCCCCAAUCCUCAGUCUCCAGACAGUUGGGACUUAGGGAUGUUUUCCUCCAUUAUACACUGCAGGUGGCACUGGUGGCUUGGGCUGGGGGCUGGGGGACGCCCUGCGGACGGUGAGUUGCCUGAGCCGGCCUCCCACGGUGGGAACCCGGGCGACCCCUCCACUCUGGGCCUGCACUCUGUGGUAGUGCCCAACUGGAGCCCAAGAGCCCCAUUUAUUCAUGCUAAACUUCUGCCCAGAGUGCCCAAGUGCCCAGAGUUGUAGUAGGUCUCUCAGCUUCGGAGCUCCAAGGCCAACAAGCGCCAGUUUGCUUCCACUUAAAGCUACUCUUUUUGAGAGAAAGUAUUUAGAGGGCAUCACAGUCACUCACGCAGAAAUAUUAUGACCCCAUUGACCCCUCUGUUCAGAGCCCCGUGAGCUGCUGCCUCUCUGCCAGCUCCCACCACUCUGUGCUCAUCCAUUUAUAUACUCAUACAUGUGUUCAUGUGUAAAAACACUUGUAUACAGGUGGAAGAUAUAUAAGGAUUAUCUUUGACUUUCAGAUAUGGACUCAUGUCAUGCAACCAGCUCUGCAUUUCCCCAUGGAAUAGAUGUGAUAGCUCAUGGAAUGGAUGUGCAAUGAUUUAUUGAAUGAUUUGCAUAUUUAAAUUUACUCAUCCCAUUUCCAUUUUUCCCACCACAAGAAACAUUGUCAAAAGACAAUGACAGGGGGCCGGAGCGAUAGCACAGCGGGUAGGGCGUUUGCCUUGCACGCGGCUGACCCGGGUUCGAUCCCCGGCAUCCCAUAUGGUCCCCCAAGCAUCGCCAGGAGUAAUUCCUGAGUGCAAAGCCAGGAGUAACCCCUGAGCAUCGCUGGGUGUGACCCAAAAAGCAAAAAAAAAAAAAAAAAAAAGACAAUGACAGUAUGCUUUUUUUGGGUCACACCUGUUGAUGCACAGGGGCUACUCCUGGCUUUGCACUGAGGAAUUACUCCUGACGGUGCUCAGGGGACUGUAUGGGAUGCUAGAAAUCGAACCCAGGUCGGAUGCGUGCGAAGCAAACACCCUACUCGCUGAGCUAUUGCUCCAGCCCUGACAAUGACAGUAUGAAUAGUGAUUAUAGAGGCUCAGGAAGCACUUGACUGGGGUUUCAGCCCUGGUUCUUUCUACAAGUUACUAGUCUUGUGACUUUGGCAAGUUAGUUAAUCUUGAACCUCUUUUUACAACUGAUUUCUUGCAUUAUAAAAAAUGUUUUCUCUAGUGCCUAUUUCGGAGAUUUCAUGUGGCUAGUUUUCUAGAGCUGCUGCAACAAAAGUACUACAAAUCAAGUGGCUUAAAACAACAAAAGUGUAUUUCCUUUGGAAGCUCGAAUUUUGAAAUCAAGGUAUAAGUAGAAUCAUGCAUUCUCUGAAGGCUUUAGGGCACAAACAGUCCAUGCCCCUCCUAGAUUCUGGUAGCCUCCGGCAUUCACUAUCUUUAGAUACAUGACCUGAGUAACAGGAUAGUCAUUUCUCUGUAUGUUUACACUGUUAUUCUGCAGACCUGUCUGUCUUCAAUUUUUCCCCUUCAAUAAUACUGUAUUUUCCCUACCCCAAUGGCCUCGUUUUAAGUUUAUUCUUUUUAGUGGGAGCAAACCCUGAUAUCUCAGGAACUACUCCUAGUUUUUUGUUCAGGGGACCAUGUGGUGUCAAGGAUCAAACCAGGGUCUCCUGUUUACAAAUCAUGUACACACCCAGCCCUAAUAUGAUUGAUUCUUCAAAGACCUUCUCUCUAGGGAGCUCAAAUUCUGAGGACUUGAGAGCUUUGGGUUUAAACAUAUCUCAUUACAUGGACAUGACUCAACCCUUUUUUUUUUUUUUGCUUUUUGGGUCACACCCGGCGAUGCACAGGGGUUACUCCUGACUCUGCACUCAGGAAUUACCCCUGGUGGUGCUCAGGGGACCAUAUGGGAUGCUGGGAUUUGAACCCGGGUUGUCCGAGUGCAAGGCAAAUGCCCUACCCACUGUGCUAUUGCUCCAGCCCCAUGUCUCAACUCUUAAUCCAUGGAUGUGGAUGUGUGUAUUUAUGUGUGUGUAUAAAGAACUUAAAACUAUGCAUGGAGAGAAGUUCUUGAAUGUUUAAUAUAUAAUGAAUCAUGAAGAUACCUAGAACCCCUCUGUAUUUGGAUGGCAUUUGAGAGUUUGUGGUAUUCUUAUUCAACUACCUAAAGAAAAGAAAUAAGACAGGAAAAACAGAUCAAGAACCAAAAUGUGUGUGCUAUCACACAUUUGAGGGCUAGUUCAGGAAGAAUUUAUGUAUAGAUAGUAGUGGGAAGAAGGAAAGAGGGAGGUAAAAACUUACCAGGUGAGUGAAAGACUCACAGAAGAUGGAGUGUACAAGGACUACUUCAGUGGUGAUAUUGUCAAGACCAGAGGUAAAUUUAUGAGCUUGGAAAAACUGUUAUUGUGUGUUGUGAUAAGUCAUUAUUGAAUUUGAUGGGAAUUGUUUAAGAAGUGGAUUUAACUGAGAAUGAGCAAACCUGCAGGAUUUUCUGAAAUUGGGUAGUAUUACUCCUCCAGAGAAUUUUUCCUAUAGGAAAAAUAUUAGGUCGUUUGAGUGUCUUAUUCUGUUGUUAUAUGGGUUAUUUUGAGAUAUGUAUUUCUAGUAAUUCUGUUUGGCUGCAGAAGUGUACAGAAGUACUCAGGUGUUCAUUCUCCCUCACUCUCUUCCAUACUUUAUUCAGCCCCUGUUCAUAUCUCCAGCUCUUCUGUGACCAACAGUGGCCUCAGGCCUACUAACAGAUGAAUGGAUGCAGGUCCACAAAAGUAAUAGCUCUUCAUCAAAUUUUCCAUUAGCUCCCCCAUCACAGUCUCACUUCAGCAGCUGGCUGUGCCUCGCUUCUCAAAUUUCCUGGCAGGCUCUAAAGAAUCCACACAUGUGAUGGCCUUGAAAAGGCUGAUAUAGUGGCUUCUCCAACCUCUCUGCUUUCCUUUCCAUACCUUCCCUUCUCCAACAGUUGCCAUGAUUGUGCAUGACCUAAUUACUAUUUUAAAGUCCUUGUUUUCUGAAUAUACUUUCCUGAUUGUUAGAAUUACACUUUCUUUAAUGAAGAUUUGCUAAAUGUUUCUUGUCUAAAUGUGAGUGAUGCCACUGAGAAAUCCUACCCUAUCCUGUUUUUUUGUACUUUUCUGCCAUAUAAUUAAUUUUUUGUGCUUAAAGAUAAAGAGAUUUAUUUUACUCCCUUCAGCAUAAUUGUUUAGUAAACCAUUUGUGUUGUUACAUGUAUCUGUAUUUAUUCCUUUUAUUGUUAAGUUGUAUUGCAUUUUAUAAGCAUACCAAAUUUAUCUAUUCCUCUGUUGUUGGAAACCUAUGUUAUUUCCAUUUUACAACCAUUACAAAUAAAACUAAU